UGGCGUAUAAAGUGUAGCAGACUGGUUCAGCGAUCAGCAACGGCGGUGCAGCAAAGGCGAUCCGCUCCCCUCUCGCUCAACACGACGACAGGGCGAUCCUUCUCCUCCCCCUUACCCCCCCUCAGGCUGUAGCGAACCCCAAGGGCACACACGGUCGCGGACUGUAGCGUGGUGUAGUGGUGUUGUGGUAGCGUGGUGACGGCAGCAGCAGCAGCACCAGCAGCAGACAUGGCCAAAAUCAGCAGUGGGUCUUGUCUUCUCCUCCUCGUCCUCUUGGCAGCCUCGUCCUCUGCCAUAGACAUCAGCCGCCUCUCAGGGCACCGACACUACACCAAGAGAUCAGGUGAGGGUGGCGUGCGCCCCAGAGGACCCUACCUCCUCUACCUCUUGUCAUCUCCAUCGAACAUGCAUGAAGCAUACGGCUACAUGUACCGGCAACCUGAGUACCACGCACCAACACAAGGCCCCAAGGAUUGCAUGCCGUACGAGCCUUUCCGCUGCCCUGGUGGUGAAAUCUGCAUCUCCAUCCAGUACUUGUGUGACGGUGCCCCUGACUGUCCUGACGGCUACGACGAGAACCUGCGUCUCUGUACGGCAGCUAAGCGGCCCCCUGUGGAAGAAACUGCCUCCUUCCUCCACUCCCUCCUGGCCUCCCACGGACCCAAUUACCUCGAGAAGCUGUUUGGUAACAAGGCCCGCAAUGCUCUGGAACCCCUCGGCGGAGUCCAAAAGGUUGCCAUCGCUCUCUCAGAGUCCCAGACCAUCGAUGAAUUUGGUGACGCCCUCCACCUGCUUCGCCCCGAUGUGGAACACCUUCGCUCAGUCUUCAUGGCUGUGGAAAACGGGGACAUCGGCUUGCUCAAGUCCCUGGGCAUCAAGGACUCCGAGCUUGGUGAUGUCAAGUUCUUCUUAGAGAAACUGGUCAACACUGGCUUCCUGGACUGAGCGGCCGGGCCAGCACACGUGUGGAGGAGGAGGUGAAGGAGGAGAGAGGAAGGGAAGAAGAGGAAGGUUAUUCAGAAGGAAAACUCGAACUAAAAAAAAACUAAAAAAAGAAUAUAAGUGACUUUGUAUUUAAUGAACGAGGCAGAGUGAAGUGCUCUAGAGAUUCAGCAGUGAACCUAACUUUACCUUACCUUGCCCAUGCGAACAUUGGAUCAGUAUUCCCGGCCUGACACUGAGAUACAGAAGGAGAGCGAGGUAGAGAGAAUGAGAGAGAGAGAGAGAGAGAGAGAGAGAGAGAGAGAGAGAGAGAGAGAGAGAGAGAGGAUGGCUGGCUGGCACAGAAGUUUUGUAAGUUGAUGCUCUCCUCGCCACCACGACACCAUCGCCCCUCAGAGUCACCACCCCACCAGAGUAGCAGACGUUUGAUUCCCUUAGGCUGUAGAGUUUUUCAUUCUAUAUCAUAGGUGAAAUGACACUAAUAGACUUAAUUAUUGAUAAGUUUAACGUAUAGCACAGUAAUGCUUCUCUGAAUCAAUAGUUAUGGUGGACAUAUUAUCAUUAUUCUCACCUAACAAAGCUCUCUUGGAUCCGCUCAUUCCCCGACUGUCUCCAGCCUCACCGCCUCGCUUCCUGACAGAGUUUUAGCCAAAGAAGAAAGAUGAUGUUUCUAAUGUUUAUGGUUGUAUGAGAUUUAAGAUUGUUGCGAAUUGAUCGCUUUAUAGAAUAUGACUCAGUUCUUGGAUUAUAUAUGUAUAUUGUUGCCAAGACUUUGAACUAACGCCGAAAUAUGUAGGAAGUAAUAUUUGUGUGAUGCUUCUUUUCACUAAGCAGAAUAUAUAUUUUUUUCCAGCACACACAGAAGCAAAUUCUGCACUUUAUUCAUGCCACUUGAAUGUUAAGGAAACUGUUUGACUUUAUUACAUAUAUAUUACCGCAAAUAUUUGUUUUGUACCUGGGGUCGGGGUGGCCCCUGGAGAUUGUUGAGUAACCAAGUAACUGCAUGUGUUGGGGAAUGGCCAAAUGGGCCCGUGUGUGCUUCACAGGGCGGUAGGCAGCAGUGCGUGCCGCCCCAGCCUGGUGGUGGAUGUCUGGAGCCUCAAAAUGUGUCACGUGAUCAUUGUUUGUGUUCCAAUUAAUGCAGAAGAGAUCAAGGGAAUAACAUUAAGACGAAUCAACAAUCUGAGCCCAAUUUCUAUAUGAUCCCCUAAUUCUUGAUCACUGAUUAUUACUGUGUUGUGAUUAUUUUAAAGACCUGAUGUAGAUGCAGUCUUAUUUUCUUUUAUGAGAUUACUUGCAGUUUAGGGGAUACGUAUUUAUCGUUAAAAUCACACUGUAUGUAAGAGUAUAUAGUAUAUAUAUUAUAUAUAUUAUAUAACAAUGUCCAAAAAUAUGCUGAUAAAGCUCUUUACUUGCUGCAGUUAAAGUAUGCACACACACACACACACACACACACACACACACACACACACACACACACACACACACACACACACACACACACACACACCUUAACCACAUAUCCUUGUCUUGACCUGAGCUGAUCUGGUUUGCAUGCGCGGCACUCACUACCUGUGCUUCAGGACACAUGAGGUGCACAGACAUUCCCCAGGUGUUUUAUGUUAGUGUAGAGGGCAAUAAUUAUGAUAUUGUUUCUUUAUCCACAAAUUUGUGAGUCUGACCUAUCACUACAUGUCUGGUGACGUGUUCCCCUUCCCGCGACCCUCCCUGCCAGGACCUAGGAAGCCGGUGCCCUUUGCUGGGGUGCGCCGGCCAGUGAUACAGUUCCCACCUCCUCAUCUGGCACACUUCAUUGUUCCUAUAACGUACAUACCAAUCACCAAUUUUACUCUUUUGUUGUUAAAUCCAGAAAAAAUAGUAUUCAUCAAAAUUAUCAUCAGCUUUUUCAUACAGCAUUAUAUGAAUUUCCAGAAUAUACACAUUUUUUUUUUUUUUUCCUUCACGGUAUAUAAGUAUGUGUUCCAUUUCAAAGUGAGUGGUGGUGGAGGUGUAUCACUGUCGCCAAAAUUCAUACUAACUCUGCAGCUUCUCAAUAGUCCAGGAGAGUGCGUGACUGCGAUGAGUGCAUAAGAGGGAGAGUGUGCGGUAAAGCAUUGAGAGUGUGUGUAGGGGAAGGGUGGGUGAUCAGAGGUAGCACAGCAGCAGGCCAGUGAAGAGAGAAAUGAGCAGUGUUGAGGGAAGGAGUGGCUGGACGGCCUGGUGGAGGGUGGAGGAAUAGUGUCCUGGUGUCUGGUUCCCUAGUGAAGUGCAGCUGAUGUGUGAAAAAUAUGUAUUAACAAAACAACAAAAAACAGAAGUGUCCUGCAUCUUGAAUCAUUGAAUGUAUUACUUUUAAGAGUGGUGUUAGAGUGUGUAUCGAGUCGACUGAUUGAUAUAUGGUUUCGUUCUGAUGGUAAAAAAACUAAAAAAAAUUAUUAAGGUGUAUUGUAUUACUUAUGCAUAUUGUUGUCAGUCCAGCUGAAUAAUAAUUUUCUCUCUUGCAAUACUCACAAUAUUACCUUGACCUCUGUACCAUGCAGUGUUUACUCUCCAUACGAAUAAAUUAUACAAAAGCAUAAAUAUAUCUAAUAAAUUGUGUACAACU